GCUGAUGAACCCAGCAUCCACAGUGACGCCGCUGAGUCAAAUAAAUCCUUCGGUGAAAUCGAAUUAAUUCUGACAUUCGAUGACUACGAUCAGAGCCUGACUGUUCACGUGGCUAGAGCCCGCGGUCUGCAUCCAAUGGAUCUCAACGGACUGGCGGAUCCUUUCGUUAAGCUGCGUCUCCACCCUGAUCCCACUGAAGAGUGA